AUGCCUCCAUCAGCAGCUUUGUCUCUGCGGGAAUCGUUUGGCGAUAGGAAGAUCCCCGAGAUCUCUCGCAAGAUCACUGCUUGUGUGGCAUGUCGGAAACUCAAGGUCAAGCCCUGUGCUGUGUUCGACUCAGACCGACAGCGUUAUUGA